AUGGACAGCACACUAGCAGCCAACUUUCGGGAGGAACAUGUCGCCAAUGAUGACUGUCGGCCCAACAUCAUGGACACCAUUGACCGUUUUUUUCGCACACACAAUCGCCUUGCUCAUAGCUAUCAGCUUAUUCGGAACAUUCAUAAACAACAAGUCCAACUUGCUGCUGAAACAGGACAACAGGUUCCAGUCGUUAGCAUGGCCCUCAGACUGGAUCGCCACUCGGAUUACAGACGAUACAACAAACCCACAUCCAACGAAGUUGCAAUGAUCUUUGUCAACGAAGAUGGAGAACCACCAUUCCAUCGCGACAUCAGAAUAUAUCCAAUAAAUCCUGACGAUCCAAACCAACCAUUUAUUAACCUUAACAUUCUAAGCCCAAACAUGGAUCCUAUGACAUAUGCUCUUCUUUUCCCUUAUGGCGAACCUGGCUGGCAACCUAAUUGGCACUGUGCUUCUUAUAAUGGAGCACAACUGAAUCCAAAACGCACCUAUGUUACCAUGUUGCAGUACAAAGCCGCCUUAACAGCCAUUAGAGAUGAAUUCAGCCCCAUAAUGUAUGCGGGAAAAUUAACACUACAGUGGUUAGUCGAUUCCUAUCUGCAGGUAGAGGCUAAUCGAUUAAACUACAUUCGACACAAUCAAAAACGCUUAAGAACAGAACAGUAUCAGGGACUAGCUGACCACGUUGCAAACAUGGCAGACCAUAAUCACAUUGCCGCUGGGGUUCCCAUCAUUCUACCAUCUACCUUUGAAGGUUCACCAAGACAUAUGCGCGAACGUUGCUGUGACGCCAUGUCCAUUUUUGCAAAAUGGGGAGCUCCAGAUGUUUUUGUUACUUUCACCGCUAAUCCAACUUGGCCCGAAAUAAUGGACAACUUAAGGCCAGGCGAACACACUUCAGAUAGACCUGACUUAGUUGCACGCGUGUUCAAAAUUAAACUCGAUGCACUCAUUGAUGACCUAACCAAACAUAGCCUUUUUGGACAGGCACAAGCAUUUGUCUAUACCAUUGAGUUUCAGAAAAGAGGCCUUCCACACGCUCACAUACUGCUUGCACUGAGAGCAGAGGACAAAUUUACCACUGCAGAAAAAAUUGAUAAAAUUGUUUCUGCAGAAAUACCCCAUGUGGAACAUCUACUUUUGCGGCAAAUCAUAACCCGCUGCAUGCUACAUGGUCCAUGCGGCACACACUAUCCACGCGCACCCUGUAUGCAAAAUGGCAAAUGUACCAAGCAAUUCCCAAAAGAAUUUAAUGACAACACCCUCAUACACCGUAAUACAUAUCCUGUAUACCGACGUCGCCCUACAGAAACAGUAGAGGUUCGAGGCGUACUUAUGUCCAAUCAAAAUGUGGUACCAUACAAUCCAUACUUAGCCCUAAAGUACAACGCACACAUAAACGUGGAAGUGUGCACUUCACUGUACGCUAUCAAGUACAUCUACAAGUACAUUUUUAAGGGCUUUGAUUGUGCAAAUGUGGUCAUAACACCAAAUGGUCAACCAGAGCAACAAUACAAUGAAAUACAAAAUUUCAUUGACUGCCGCUAUGUAAGCCCUCCAGAAGCUAUUUGGAGAUUAAGAGAAUCUGUCAUGCACGAUCGCUCACACGCUCCUGCUCAACCACUCAAAUUGUGGGAAAAUCACAAAAUUGAUCUGACUGUUGACUUAAUGCAACACAAUUCUGAAAACAUUGCCCAAAACAACGCACUACAUGACAUCAACACAAUCCUUCAACAACAUGGAUUAUCCUGUUCUGUGCUUGGCUUGCCAACUCCUACGGGAAAUGCACCAGCACAACAAAAAUAUAAUCUCAUUGAGGAAGCACACGAAGCUCAGAAACUCAUAGCAAUGCUCAACAACCAGCAGUUACAUGCAUUCAACACAAUUAUCAUAGCAGCGGAUAACAGCCAUGUUACCAACCAUUGUUUUUAUCUGGAUGGGCCCGGGGGCUCAGGUAAAACAUUCCUGUACACCACACUCAUAGCAUACAUACGAGGAAAGGGACAAAUUGUAUUGCCAUUUGCAACCACUGGCAUUGCAGCUACCUUACUCAAAGGAGGACGCACUGUUCACAGUGGCUUUAAACUUCCUGUCCCACUUCUUGAUACCCCUGUUUCUUCACUACGUCUAACUUCACCAGAAGCUGAUGUAUUACGUAAAUCAACCCUCAUCAUAAUUGACGAAAUUACUAUGCUUCCAAAACAUGGACUACGCUGUAUUGACACAUUCUUGUGUGACAUCAUGAACAUCAACACACCAUUUGGAAACAAAAUCAUCGUUUUGGGCGGAGAUUUUCGACAAACACUUCCUGUUGUUGCCCGAGGAACCCAAACCGAUAUUCUAGAAUGCUGCAUUAAAGCAAGUCACCUGUGGAAACAUUUCACUCAUCUCACUCUUACUACCAACAUGCGCACCGAAGGACAAGUUGAACACAAUAAAUGGCUUCUACAAGUUGGUAUGGGAACUCUGCCACCAAUAUCCAAUUUCACCGACAAUACCACCAUUCUAUUACCACAACAUAUGGUCACAACAGACGAUCUAAUAGAAACCAUUUUUACAAAUGCAAGCCAGAUGUCGGAGGAGGACCUAGCAAAACGAGUCAUUAUUGCACCCACAAACGCUCACACUCUCGACAUUAACCGCAAGAUUAUUGAUUUACUAGGAGAACAUGGCACCAUUUAUUACAGUGCAGAUUCUGUUGUCACUGAAGAUCCAAACGAUACUUUAAACUUACCCAUUGAAUUUCUCCACAGCCAAACACCUUCAGGAAUGCCUCCACAUGUUCUGCUCUUAAAAAAAGGCAUUAUUAUAAUGCUUUUACGCAACCUUAACCCACUGAAGGGAUUAUGUAACGUAACACGCCUAAUUGUCGAAAAACUAGAACAUCACUUCAUAACGUGCAGAAUUCUAUCAGAGUGCAACAGAGGCGACGUUGUAUUUAUUCCACGAAUUGAUUUAGCUGCCAAUGAUACGACAUUACCAUUUAUCCUACACCGUAGGCAGUUUCCCGUCAUUCCCGCAUACGCAAUCACCAUAAACAAAUCUCAAGGACAAACUUUUGAUCACGUUGGCAUUCUUCUUCAAACACCAGUUUUCUCACAUGGACAACUGUACGUUGCAUUAUCACGCUCUCGCAACCAACAUCACGUCAAACUACACAUUACACCAACAGACCAACAAGGACAGCUCCUGGGUGACGACCGUCACUUUACCAAAAAUGUUGUUUUCAAUCAAGUGUUUCAAAUGUAA